AUGACACACCCCGCAGUACAUUCAGAAAACAUCACUACUCUUAUUUUUCUUCAUACCCCGAGCAGAGAUCAUGAAGGAAGAUAUACCCUUAGCUUUACCACCGAAAGCUUUGCGUCACACUCAGAAACAAGCAUAUAUAUGAUUAUUCAUUUCGACAGCAACACUACAGGAAUCAUUAAGGGUUAUAUCACUGGAAAAAGUCAAAACUUGAUAGACCACAUCGAAAAUAUCGCUGGAACGGGCCAUAGUCCGUCAAGUUCUGUCAAAAAUACGAGUCACCUUAACGGAAGAAGUUUAAACGAAAACACACGCUUUAACGCUGAAAACUUACAGUCACAUAAAUGUUACAUGAUUUGCCGUAUCGAUGGUAAUAGAAGACUCACCUAUGUUCGUUUAAUUGACGAUGAAGUCUUAAAUUUUCCAAAUAUUCGGAAACUCGUUUAUAAACGCAAAUGCCCCGAUUGCAGAAAUUUAUAUAAUUUUCCAGGCCAAAUAAAAUCUCAUAGGUUAAAACAUUUAGGCAUAAGAU